GCGUGAGUUUGCAUCGCGUCCCGCACACCAGAUGGUUAUAAAAUCAUAAAUUAUCGACUUUAGUCGACAUCGCCAUCAUCAGAUAAAGUGGCAACACCGCCGUGUAUAUACAUUUUGAGAGAAAAUUCUGUUCAGGACAGCAACGCAAUAAACGCUGUGCUCGGACGACCUCUGAUAAACAACAACAGCAACAACCAUUGAAAAGGACUCUGGACAAGCAGCUCGAAAAAGGCUGAGUAGGCAACACUGUAGCCUGCGUUGCCGUCGCCGCCGCCGCCAAACACGUCGUCAUACAAAAUGAAUAAACCAAAGAGUACAGCGCUUUUUUGUUAAUUUUCGGAUUUUAAUUCGACUUCGUCGUCGCCGUUGUCGUCAUUAUCAUCAUCCGCAUCCGCAUUGUCAUCGCCACUUUUUGUAGCAGCUGUCUGUCGCUCCGAACCUCCCAACUCCCACUGUCGCCUUGCUAGCCCUAUUUGGGGCCAAAAACAUCAUCAACACAACAAGUAUCUUGUGUAGAAAUUCGGUUUCUUCUUGUUCUACUGCAUUUCCCUUCACAACUUAGUUAUGUCAUCGACCGCCGGCAAACGCAAGGAGAUCUACAAAUAUCUGGCGCCAUGGCCAUUGUACUCCAUGAACUGGAGCGUGAGGCCAGACAAACGUUUUCGCCUUGCGCUCGGCAGCUUCAUCGAAGAGUACAACAACAAAGUGCAAAUCAUCAGCCUGGACGAAGAUACCAGCGAAUUUAGUGCUAAAAGCACCUUUGACCAUCCAUAUCCAACAACGAAAAUCAUGUGGAUACCCGACUCCAAGGGCAUCUAUCCAGAUUUAUUGGCCACCAGCGGUGAUUAUUUGCGUGUUUGGCGCGCCGGCGAGCCGGACACGCGUCUCGAGUGCGUCCUCAACAAUAACAAGAACAGUGACUUUUGUGCCCCACUCACGUCGUUUGAUUGGAACGAGGUCGAUCCCAAUUUGGUUGGCACCUCCUCCAUAGACACCACAUGCACAAUAUGGGGCCUCGAGACGGGGCAGCCGCAUGCCCGCGUCUAUGUUGCCGGCCAUGUAAAGACACAGCUGAUUGCCCACGACAAAGAGGUCUAUGACAUUGCAUUCUCACGUGCCGGCGGCGGCCGGGAUAUGUUUGCCUCUGUGGGCGCCGAUGGAUCUGUGCGCAUGUUCGAUUUGCGUCAUCUCGAGCACUCAACCAUCAUCUAUGAGGAUCCUGCACAUACGGCGCUGUUGCGCUUGGCAUGGAAUAAACAGGAUCCGAAUUACUUAGCCACAGUUGCCAUGGAUUCAUGCGAAGUUAUUAUUUUAGAUGUUCGUGUUCCUUGUACACCUGUUGCAAGACUGAGCAAUCACAGAGCGUGCGUCAACGGUAUUGCGUGGGCGCCGCAUAGUUCCUGUCACAUUUGCACUGCCGGUGAUGAUCACCAAGCACUGAUCUGGGAUAUACAACAAAUGCCACGCGCAAUCGAGGAUCCAAUUUUAGCCUAUACAGCUGCUGAAGGCGAAGUCAAUCAAAUACAAUGGGGUGCCACGCAACCCGAUUGGAUAGCCAUUUGCUAUAACAAAGCGUGCGAGAUCCUGCGGGUCUAAGAGUCAAUUCUUUCUUGCCCCAUACCACCCAACCAUACACAACUCACCACAGACAGACACACACCAAACCACACCACACCACACACAAAAACGCUCUCUCCCUCCGUUUAAACGGGCAACUGAAGUCGCCACUGCUCUGAACGGUGAUUGUGAUUUGUGAUUAUGCAUGUAACUUUGGGAUUCAGCUCUUGUUGCAGCUCAAGAACAACGCACUUUAACAGCGACACCACCAGCAACAACAAUUGCAGCAGGCAACACCACAGAUACACCCACAUAAACACACACACACACACAUAAUGUAGUUGUAGAAAGCGGAACGGAUUUUGUGUUUACGUCUGCAGUGGAGCAACAAGUGGCAAGUGGGAAAAGGCAGAUGGGAGGAGGCAGCAACAGCAACAGCAGCAGUUGCAAUUGGAUGCAAUAAUGUUUAGCGCUUUUAGUUUAUACCGCAUGCUCUUUCGAGGAGCAUCUUAGAUUAGUUCACACACUCACACAUAUAUAUAUAUGUACGUAUAUACAUAUAUAUAUAUAUUAAUUACGAAAUGAUAAACACACGAUAUUUAAGUCUCAAGGUAUAACCAAAAUAUGUAUUGCUAUUUGUAAUUUAUUUGACAAUUUAUGACGUUUGACUUUUUGCACAUUAUGUAUUUUCAUGCUGAAAGUUAAGAAAACACCAAAAGCCGCUUGAUCCGGGCGCUGUUUUUAUUUAUAAUUUAUUAUCGUUUUAUUUCAAUGACAAAACAAGUAACAUCAACAACAACAACAAGAACAACAACAAUCUCCUACCUCGUUUUCCAACAUGUCAAAAAUGUUGUUAACAAUUUGUGUCUAGCCGCAGCAACCACAGCAACAACAUAAACAACAAACACAAUAGAAGAGAGAAACCAAGAACAAAAAAAAAAUACUAAAAAAACAAACAAACAAAAAUGCAAAACGCUUUUUUCGAAAUGUUUUUUAAUUCUUUGCUCCAAAAACCAAAAAAAAAAACUUUUAUUGUACGUUUUCUAUGAGAACCAACAAAAAAAAAAAAAAAAAACACAAAAACAAAGGACUUAAGCAAAAUGAUAAAUGCAAAAAGCAAACAUAAAUACUUGUGUUAAGCAUAAAACAAAAACAAACAAAAAAUACAACUGCACAACCACAAAAGCUAACAAACAAAAGCAAAAACAAAAAAACAA